AGUAGAAAAGAAGGGGUGGAUACGGAGGAGGUAGUUAGAGGGUUAGGGAAAGAGGGAUAGGACGAAAGAGAGGCAUAUACAGCGAGAGGGGGUGAAGCUUAGCCUACGACUCACAUGUGCGAGUAGUUAGUUGUGGGUUGUUUAGUGAUGCGAUUUUAGAAAGCCUUAGUUUGGAUUCAAAUCGUAUUUUCAUUUUGUUACAGUGGCGAGCUUUCAAGCUAGCAGGCUACUGUAGCUGGCUAAUUCGGGAAGCACCGACUGCCGCUGCUAACCCGCCGGAAACUGAACAGAUAAACUGAAGAUUAGGCACAAUCUCGUCAAAUUAAUUAUUGAGACAUUUUAUUUAUAAAUUGUCAGCAAGUUUUACAAUUUAACGCAAACGAGUGUUUUAAAACCUCGUGGCCGUACACUAAUUAAUCAAACAAAAACAUCGCCGAAGUGCAGAGACGGAGAGUGACAAGGACGAGAGUGAGAGAGAAAGGGGAGGAGAAUUGACAUUAAAGCAACGCAACGAGGAAACAGAAGACACAGGCGCCUUCAUUUUACGCUUUUCAAUAAUAGCCAGCUAGCUGGUAAGCUAAUACUAUGCAUUAAAACAACUCAACUCUGCAAUACUGUCCUCAGCAAGGAAUCUUCCUGGAACAGAGCUACACGGCGAGGACUACUGGAAAAUGGGCUCGGAGCCGCCCUCGCCCCCGCAGGUGGUGGAGGAGGGAGGGGAGGAGGAGGAGGAGGAGCUGAGCGGGGGAGAGGAGGUGGACUCCAGGGCGGUCCCCGGCCGCGGCUCCCUGCUCACCAGGAGGGGGAUCACCCUGCGCGUGCUGCUCAAAGACGGCCUGGUGGAGCCCGGCGACGGGGUGCUGUCCAUACACUACCUGGGUAAGAAGUUUGUGGGGGACCUGCUGUGCGACGGGAAGAUCCGCUGGGUGGAGACGGGGCAGAUCUUCAACUCGCCCAGCGCCUGGGCCACGCACUGCAAGCGGCUGGUCAACCCCGCCAAGAAGUCUGGCUGCGGCUGGGCCUCCGUGCGCUACCGCGGGCAGAAGCUGGUGCAGUACAAGACCAGCUGGCUGCACAAGUACCAGCCCAGCGGAGAGAUGAGCCUGGCCAGUGAAGGCGAAGAUGAGGAGAUGGGAGAGGACGAAGAGGAAGAGAGGAAGGCCUCCGUGCAGACGGAGGACAGGAACAGGAAGGGCAAACCCGAGCAGCACGAGAUCAGUGUGGUCCAGAGGAGAGGGGACAGAGACAGAGUGCCCGUGAGGUACUGCACUCUGGGUACCAGGGAUUCUGCACGGGACCCGCACACCCUGGUGGAGCUGUCCGCCUUUUCCGCCAUUAACAGGUUCCAGCCUUUCAACGUGGCCGUGUCCAGCAACGUGCUGCUGCUGAUGGAUUUCCACUGCCACUUGACCAGCAGUGAGGUGGUGGGAUAUCUGGGGGGACGCUGGGACACAAACACACAGUUGCUGACGGUUCUGCGGGCUUUCCCGUGUCGCACACGAUUGGCCGACAGAGAUUCGGCCCCCGCUGUAGAGGAGGAGAUCUGCCAGAACCUGUUCAUGCGGGGGCUCUCAUUGGUCGGUUGGUACCACAGCCACCCCCGAGGCCCUGCCCUGCCGUCCCUGCAGGACAUCGACUCCCAGAUGGACCAUCAGCUGCGUCUCCAGGGCAGCAACAACGGCUUCCAGCCCUGCCUGGGCAUCAUCUGCGGCCCCUAUUACCACGGCAACCAGGGCGUGGCUUCGACCAUAACGCCUUUCUGGGUGGUCCCGCCCCCAGAGCAACGGCCCAACGACUACGGCAUUCCUGUAGCGGUGGAGGUGACCUACGUUCAGGACAACUUCCUCACCAGCGAUGUGCUCAACGAGAUGAUGCUGCUGGUGGAGUUCUACAGGGGUGCCCCAGACCUGGUUCAGUUCGGUCAGCUGUGGAGCCCCGACACCACUUUGCUGGACAAAAUAAAGGGUUCCCUGAGUGGCCACGCCCCCAAGGACCAGGCCUACUCCCAGAUCCUGGAGCACGUGUACAGCCAGCUGAGCAACGCGCAUUGAGGAAGAGGAGGAGGAGGAGGAGGGGAGGUGGUGUGUUUCACUUCCGGAACUCGGGGCCCAGAUCUUCUCCCGCCCCCACCUGUGGGCGCUUCCGUCCGGAGCCCCACCCGUGCACGACGGGACGGGAACGCCGAAAUUCCCUGUGACCGCAGACACACUGUGAACUGAGCGUGCUCCUAUCCCACAGCGCAGUGUGUGUGUGUAAGUGUGUGUGAGGGAGUGUACGGUACCCCUGUACUUGUGUAUGUGUUGUGCGUGUAGGAUACCCCUAUACUCGUGUGUGUGUGUGUAGAGUACCCCUAUACUUGUGUGUGUAUGUGUGUAGAGUACCCCUAUACUUGUGUGUGUAUGUAGUGUGUGUAGGAUACCUCUCUUCUCAUGAGUAUGUUGAGCGUAUGUAGGGUACCCCUAUACUUGUAUGUGUGUGUAUGUAGGUUACCCCUAUAUUCCUGUGGGUGUGUGUGUGUUUUGUAUGUAGGGUACCUCUCUUCUCGUGUG